AUGAAGAAGGAUUGUGUAGACUAUGUCCUAAAAUAUGAUUCACGCCAAAGGUUUGAAAACAUACCGAGAGCCCUGCCCAACAAAAUUACUUUGAUGACUAGCCCCUGGCCCUUUGCCGUAUGGGGGAUAGAUCUCAGUGGAUCCUUACUAACGGGAAAGGGUGGGGUAAAGUAUGCCAUAGUGGCCAUGGGUUACUUCACAAAGUGGACAGAGGCCGAGCCCAUGAAGACCUUUGACUGUGAGGAAUUCACAAACUUUUGCAACCAACACGGAGUCAUCAAAAGCUUCUCCGCAGUUGCAAGGCUGCAAACAAAUGGGCAGGCAGAGGCCGUGAACAAAAUACUAAAGGUCACCCUAAAGAAAAAGUUACUGACCUGCAAAAACAACUGUCCUAAAGAACUGCAACAAGUAUUAUGGGCCUACCGGACCAUUCCAAGAACCACAACCAGACUCUCCCCAUUCUCAAUGGUGUACGAAUGUGAAGCUAUUGUACCAGUAGAAACCUUGCUCCCAUCCCACAAAAGGGCAACAUACGAUCCGACAGCAAACAAAGCCUUAUUACAAGAAGCGCUGUAUCAAAUAGACGAGCUCCGGGAUGAGUCCCAGAUACGGAUGGUAGCUUACCAAAGAAAGGUGGAAAAAUACUUCAACGCCAAGGUCAAAGAUAAAAAGUUCACCAUUGAAUCGAGCCAGAACUUCCUCAGGCUUGGGGUAGAAAGGAAGACGGGGUUCAAAAUUAUUGGCCUUCAAGCACAUGAACACUCCAUCGUCAAAAUGCUUCGUGCAGUGUUGACAAGUGAUGGGGACUAG